AUGGCGAAUAUUCAUGAUCGUAAGCCCAGAAAAUAUGGACCUGGCAGUUACAAAUGUCGUGUAUGUUCUAACAAUCACGGAUUGAUUCGGAAGUAUGGCCUAAAUAUUUGUCGUCAGUGUUUCAGGGAACGUGCGGAAAUAAUUGGAUUCUCCAAGUAUAGAUGA